CCGUUUGAACUGCUAGGAUCUUACGCAGGUGCAGACCAAACAUAGGGUUGGCGUUAGGAAUUUUUGGUCCCGCGACAACGAAUUGUGUUAAACCACGGAUAAGAUAAAAGCAUUAGUCAAUGAAACGUUCAUGUGUUCAUUCACACUUAUCGUGUCUACGAAAGUGUAGGUCUUACCACUGCGCUACCUUCAGUGAAGGGCACCUCAUUUAGUAUCCAUUUCAGCAGCCACUGAACAACAUGGUCACGGGACGUUGGAGAGCAAAGUUGCAGAGACUCAUUGUAGUUGUGGGUUUGUUGUUAAAAGUUGCACAAAGUUGCCCAGAACUGAGACAAUGCUUCCCAGAGGCAGUCGUAACUGUGCCCUGCCAAAACGAUCCCACCCUAGAAUGGACCUCGGAGCCAAGCGAUAUAGACUGUAGCAUUUACGUUUCCUGUUUCAAUGCUAUCGGCAUAAAGAUGUGCUGUCCGGAUGGGAUGCUCUUCAAUCCAGACACACUUAAAUGUGACGAUGAAAGCAAUGUGGACUGUCAAAUCGAGCCCCCGCCAUGUCCGCAAACGACAACGACGACCAUGCCGGAUACUACGACAGCCCUGGCCGAUACUACGACGAACGAUGCAGACACCACGAUGGUAACAAAUCCUGCGGAAACAACGACCGAUUUAAGCACUGACGAAACUUCGACUACAACGGAUGAAACAGAUACCACCACGCAACCAAUUACAACUACCGAAGAAAUUACUUCGACCGCAGCGAUAGAUACCACCACCGUCCAGCAGGGGCCAGACUUAGCCGCACUUUGUGCAGCACUAUCUACGGAUUCGUUAGUGGAAUUGGCAUAUCCCGGAGAGUGCAGUUCAUACAUUGUGUGUUUGGAUAGGCAAUACAUUGCCACCGAAGUAUGCCCGGCCGGACUACACCACAAUCCCAUACUGUCCGUCUGCGACUCGCCAGACCAAGCAGAGUGUUUGGAUUACAUUUGUCAGAACAAUCCCGAGGGCAGCCAAAUAAAUAUAGCCAGCAUAAACUCCUGCCAAAGAUAUUACAUAUGCAUUGGCAACAUGACAGUAGAACGGUUCUGCGCGCCAGGUACAAUCUACGAUGCCGAGAAUGGUUGGUGUAUCGUCGAAGACAUGGAUAAUCCUUGUGUGCGCGAACGACUCCCCGCCCCACCUCAAGGGGUAAUCUUGCAGUGCACGGGAGAAAAUGAAUUAAUCAAAAUACGCCAUCCUACGAUGUGCGAUGUGUAUUACCGAUGUCUUAACGGGCGGCUUUGGGCGCGACAGUGCCCCGCGGGUCUUUAUUUCGAUACAGAUCGAGCUCAAUGCAACUUAGCAGAAGUUGUGUCGUGUGAAGUACAGCAAUAGUAUACGUAAAUAUGAAAAUAUAUAUUGUUUUAGAAAUGUUUACACAUUGCAAGCUUUUUGUGAGGAAAGGGUUACUCACAUGCGAACAAACAUUACAGGGGUGCAAAUACAAGAAAUGCCGGCAUAACGAUAAUCGAAAUGAAUAAAUUUAAUCAUAGAAACAUUGUCUGUCUAUCUAUUCGACUAAUAGUAUUAUUUCAAACUUCAUUCAGUGACUCCAGCUGGAAAACCAACAAGAGCAAAAGGUUAACUCUUUUUUUAGUUCUUAGCACAAACAACAGUAGUCUGUCUAGGUCUGGCUUAUCCCAAAUGGACUAAGCAAUCAGUGACGUUAAUUGAUUGGACUCGUAGCCAGGGAUGUACCAAAUCGAAUAUUUUCAAUUUCGGCAAAAAUCAUAGGGUAUUUACGCCUAGUUUUUUCCCGGGUAAAUUAAGGCUUUCUCCAGUAGAAACUAUCAUAUGUAUAGAACAUACACGGCGUAAAAUUAAAAUAGCACCACCUAUUUAUUUUUUUUGCAAAAAAUGUGGAACUACCAGAUUACGAUUUUUUCGUUUCAGAAUGUUUAAAUUACCUGUUUCAUGCCUUUUAAGUUGAUUUAUGUAAUAUAUCAUUGGGAUAUUUCUCAAUUGUACUGAACGGUUCUUAAAAACAGUAGCGAAAUAAACAAAGCACCACUGCGUAAAAACA